AAUUCACGUGUGAUUGUUUUUAUCUGUGACAGCUGUAAAUUCUUACAAUUGUAGCAUAAUGAAAAGGAUAGUUAUACUUCCUGGCAACGGUGGAGGCAGUGUAGAAACAUCAAACUGGUAUUCCUGGGCGAGGGAUAGGUUCCAAGAGUUAAACGACACCGAGGUUAUCCUUAGAGAUAUGCCCGAUCCUGAAAUUGCACGAGAGAAAUAUUGGAUACCGUUCAUGCACAAUGAAUUGAAGUGUGAUGAGAACACGGUUAUUAUUGGUCACAGUUCUGGUGCUGAAGCUGCCAAAAGGUAUGCAGAGAAAUACAAAGUUCAUGGCAUAGUUCUGGUAUCUUCUUGUGUAACUGAUCUUGGUGAUGACACAGAGAAAGAAAGCGGUUACUAUUCCAGACCUUGGGAGUGGAAGAAAAUCAAAGAGAACACUGAGUGGAUAAUACAGUUUGGUUCAACUGAUGAUCCAUUCAUCCCAUGGCAAGAACAGCAAGAAAUUGUCAACCAGCUGUCACCAGAACUCUACAAGUACACUAACAAGGGACAUUUUAUGACUUCUGUUUUUCCAGAGUUAAUCAAAGCCGUUAAGAAGCGACUUGAGUGUGGUUACUAGGACAUUAGUGAUGUCACUCAAGAGAAAAUAUAAAACUUAAACCAUAUUAAAUUGAGCCAAUCAAAAUUAAGAAAAUCAAUAUG